UACCUUUUUCCGCUUCCUUCGUUGAUUCCGGUGACGUAGCCACUUGACGCGGGUCCAACUGGCCAUAGUAUUGGCGUGUGCACCUCGUUGGCCUCGCCUUCGCCGCUGCACUUGGCCAAUCCGAUUCGUUUCGAUCCCGUCCGAUGCGCCUCGUCCGUGCAGCAUGAGUCAUCCAUCGUCUCCGCCAUCCGCAAUCCGCAUCCGGCGAGGCCAGCCGACCAUCUAUAAAAGAACUGACGGCGGCGGCGACAAUUUUAUAAGAAUUUCGGACUCGAACGCAAGCGAAUCGUUGCCCUAAUCCCGGCGAGAAAUGUCUCUGGUGCCCACCACAUAUCGCGAUCUGGCGCGCGAAUUUGAUCGACCACGACCGCGCUACCAGCCACCGUAUGAUUUCCAACUUUAUCCGUAUUUGUGGGACGAUCCGCGAGUCUGGUGGCCAGCACAUCAUACCAACAGGAGUGAGUUUUUCCGACCCCUGGAUGAACUGGUGACGAGACGCGUGAAGAAUCAGUUGAUCCAAUCGACGCCCUACGAAUGGGCCCAUCCCAUGAGGUGGGAUAACUACUAUUCCGGCGAGCGAGUCCACGUGGAUGAGAAGGGUUUCCGGAUUGACAUAGAUGUCCGGCAGUUUCAUCCCCACGAAAUUGUGGUCAAGACCAACGACGACUAUGUCAUCGUCCAGGGCAAUCACAAUCGCCGGGACGAAGGCUCCAAUGGACUGGUGGAAAGGCACUUUGUGAGAAAGUACCUCCUACCCCGCGGUUACAACGCCAACGAGGUCAUUUCGGAUAUAUCCAGCGAUGGAAUCCUCACCAUCAAGGCUCCACCUCCUCCGCCAGCCAAGUAUUAUACUCCCGGGGAGCGAUUGGUCCGAGUCCAUGAAACCGGAAAGCUGGCCCUGCCCUGGAAAUAGAUAAUCUGUUCAAAACCAGGAAACCAAACAGUGAAUGUUUAGCAAACCAAAAACGCCACCCAUCACAAGCGCCUUACUCAAGGUGAACUAUUUUCGGACGGCAAGCAAGUGCAGCCGAACAUUGGAUUUAAAUUGGAUUCAAACAUAAAUAAAAUACAAAUUGUACUCGUAGGUAAUAUAUAAAAUGCGCAAUAAAUAUUUAGUAGAAACA